ACAACCAAUAGUUUUCCACUAGGUUUACAAGAUAAAAAGCAAAAUUUAAUUAGUUUAAAGAAAAUAAGAUACUUGUAUUAUCACAAUCUUCUUUUGUACAUGGGCAUAGUAUUUGUAACUACUGAGCUUCUACUCAAUAAAACACUCACGCUGUUAUUGGCGAAUAAACAAAAACCGCCAUAAAAAAGAAAAGAAGAAGAAAAACUCCGGUUUAUUGAAGAAAAAGAGAAUUCAAUUAUAUUAAAGCUAUAGGAAACAGAAAUGGCCUUUAGUGAAAUUUGUAGAAUUUGUUUAAGCGUUAAUGUACGCAUGUUUAUUCUAAAGAAGACUGGCCUCCAAAAUUUAUAUAAAACAUUGACGAAUAGAUUUAUGGAUGAGAAUGAGGGGCCCAUAAUUGUCUGUUUCACCUGUCAUGCAAGACUUAUUCGUUGCAGAAGAUUACAACAACAGGCUAUUGAAUCAAAUGCAAUUCUGGAGCAGUUGCUUGCAGGAGGGUCCAUGUCAACAACAAAACCUCAUGAAGCUAGAGAUAAGAUUCAAUUCACAUCAAUUUGUCAUAUAGAUAUCAGGCCAGUGGAGUGUGAUAUAGAAAAUAAUUGUAAAGACGAAAUUUUUAUCAUUGACUCCAUUAAAGUCGAGGAAGAGAAUUUAGAAAAUGAGAAUUUCAAAUUUGAAGAAAAUGGGAAUCAUGAAACAGAGACUGCUGAAAAACAAGAAGACUUGGAGAUUGAUGCUUUUGAAGAUAGACAGAUGGAUUUGGAGGACGACUUGCCACUAAUUGCAUUUGGUUCAAAGAGUAAAGAGCAAUCUAUAAAUGCAAAAUUUAAAAAGAAUGGCAGGAAAAGAGAGAACAAAGACAUAGAACAAUACGUCACACCGACAAAUCAUUUACUAGAACUGUCUGCGAAGAACAUUCAAUCAAAUUCUACUGAUAGUAACAUAAACGUAGUACGUAAAGAAAACCUCGAUUUUGAAGGCCCAACAUCAAACUCUAAAGUGAAAAGAGAUAAUCAACCAAUUAAUAAAAAAGGAAAACAUCCUGCAAAUAUUAUGAAAAAGAAAAUUUUAAAACAAAAGGGUGUAAAUAUACUUAGGAAAAAAACAUCAACAAAAUACAUUUUUGAAUGUGACGAUUGUAGUAAAAAAAUUUCAACAAAAGAUGUUCUCGCCGACCACAUGUCAUACAGUCAUAAGACGCAAAAGAACUCGGAUGCAGUUCGGACACAAGUUAAACAAACUCCAGUACCAAAACUAACAGAUAUGUUUAACUGUGAUAUUUGCGAAUUUAAAACAUCUCAAAAACGUUGCAUUUUGGCACAUAUUAAAGUGCACGUCGCUAAACAAGUGUACUGUUGUAAUAAUUGUGAUUAUAAAUGUACAGAUAAAACCAACUUCCGAAGGCAUAUGAUAAAACAUACUGGACAAAAACCUUAUUCGUGUCAUAUCUGUGAACGUAGAUGUAUUACAAAAAGUGAUUUGCAAAGGCAUAUGAAAAUACAUACUGGAGAAAAACCUUAUUCAUGUCAUAUCUGUGAAUAUAAAUGUAUUAUAAAAAGUGGUUUGCAAACGCAUAUGAAAAUACAUACCGGAGAAAAACCUUAUUCGUGUCAUAUCUGUGACUAUAGAUGUAUUACAAAAGGGAAUUUGCAAUACCAUAUUAUUAAAAAACACUCCAAAGAAAAAUCUAAUUCGUGUCAUAUCUGUGAAUGUAGAUGUAUUACAAAAAGUGAUUUACAAAGGCAUAUGAAAAUACAUACCGGAGAAAAACCAUAUUCGUGUCAUAUCUGUGAAUAUAGAUGUAUUAUAAAAAGUAGUUUGCAAAGGCAUAUGAAAAUACAUACCGGAUAAAAACUUUUUUUGUGUAAUAUCUGUGAAUAGUAGAUGUAUAACAAAAAAUUCAUUGUAAUAUUAUUUAAAAAUACACACUAGAGUAAAAUCUUUUACUUGAGAUAUAAGGUAAAAUAAACCGUUAAAUUUGUCUGGCGAUUUGUGGGUAUUAUUAAUUACUCAAUAAAUAUGUGAUAAUAAUUUGAAAUUACCAAAAGUAUAUUUUUUUGGGAAUUUUAAUAAAAUAUUUCUGGUAAUACUUUAUAACGGACAAAAAGUCUGGGGGAGUUUUGGCGGGAAAUUGACCGGCAGCGGUUUGCUGCUCCUGUAUUAUUGUUUAAAUAAUGGUUUGAAGUGGACUUUGAUAUGUAAAAGUGUUGCGAUUUUGUGUAUUAAGUGUCUACGCAUGUGAACUAUUAGUGGAAACAGUGAAACAAGUGCUCUGAUGGUGAUGGAUUCUCAAGAUAAGCUGUUUGUUUGCAUAGGCACCUUUAGAUACCAUCGCCAACUAUCAGCUGUCUGCUGGAUCAAGUUGCCGCCAAAAUCUCCCAAGAACUGCACAAUGUGACGCAUCAACAUAUUGUGAAGCAGUAUACUAUGAAGGAGUGGGGAAAUUACAAUAAACCGAAUAAAAAUACUUAAGACUUGGCCAAAAGGUCUAGAUACCAGGCCAUAAACUCCAAAAAAAAAGUCUGGGAUUAUUUUUUUUAAAUUAUAUAAAAACUAAAUUAGAAGAUAAAAAGAAAUCAAGUUUCCAAAAAUACAUUUUUUUGGAUAUUCUUUUUGCAAAUGUUAUAUGAUGCGCAGUAACGAAAUAACCGCAAACGCUCUGUCAGACUCGCGGGACUGGAUUCGCCAAUUGACGAAAUUAUAUUUUGUCACAAUUUCAACUUGCCAAAAGGACCUUCCCAAAAUUCGUCGCCAGCUCUCCGACUAUUACUUGUCAUUCUAAUUUUAUUUAAAAGUGCUAACAAUGAAAUAUAAAUAAGUGUCUUACAGUAGAGGAGACAAUCUUAUGCACUAGUUAAGGGAUUUAACUCUGUCAUAAUUUGUGCGAACUGUUUAGCAGUGUUUUUCAGUUAGUGACAUCCCACACCUCACCCCCUCGAGUAAAGGGCACAGGCUCUUAAUGUUUUAUCCUACUCGACGUUCGAAACACCUGCAUUACAGACCUCAUUAAAUUGGUUUUUACAUUAUGAACGUUCAAAGAUCUCUGUCUGAGGUUAAAGUUUGUCUGGCUAGCUGCCAGCCCGAUCUUGUGAAAUAAGAUACCGAGGUGACACGGCAACGCAAUACUACCCCCAAGGAUCC